CCUCCAUCCUCCAUCUAUCUAUCUAUCUACCCCAUCGCUCCCCUCUGAUUUGAAAACCGAGCAAUAAUUCAUCAAUACCUCUCAUCAAACACCGAAAUUUCCUCAUUCAUCCCUGUCGGUACAUCCACAAGGAGAACAGAAUAGCAAACAGCAACAUGCCCCUCGUCGUCCCCGGAAUCAACAACACCGAAGGUUCAAGCCAGGAUGAAUGGCUGAAUAAGUUGGCUGGGAAGACCAUCUCCGAGCAGGGAGGAGGUGAUGCUACUUCCUUCGCGAAACAGGACCUUCCCAAGUCCCACCGCAUCGUCAGGCCCGGACAACCGGUCACGAGGGAUUGGAAUCCGGAGAGGUUGAAUGUCCAUGUCAGUGAGGAGGGAACGGUUCAGCAUGUUAGUUUUGGUUAGAUGGUUGGGGGCGAUGUGAUAAUAUGCUGUGUAUGAUUGACGAGAGAGAG